UUAAAAGCAACCACAGUCUCUGAUAACUGAAAUAUCAUUUUAUAAUCGUCUGUGACGCCACAUAAUGACUGCCGAUUCAUCAGGUAAAUCAGCGGGCAAAGUGUUCGACUACGCAGAAUUUUUGCCAAAGACAAGGUUCAUCGAUGCAAACACCGUCGGCUACGAAAGUGUUAAAAAUGAAACCAAAGUCAAAUUGUUCAGCUUGUCAGCACCGUCUUCAUCCUUGCUAGCUGAAAAAAUAGCCACGUAUUCGAAAAACCCAUUGACCGAAGCAGCAAAUGAUCUGAGCGACACAUCCAAUGUAUUCAGGCAUGCAGUUCUCUAUUCUGAUGAGAACAAUCUGAUGGAUGCGUUAUCAACAAGCCCAAAAACCUUUGACGCAAUCAAGGCACCACCACCGAAGCUUUGUUUUAUCGUUACAUGUCAAGGAACACAGUAUAUGGGAAUGGGAAAAAAUGUGUACGAAUGGUCGCCAGUAUUUCGGUACCACUUCGACGAGUGUGACGCUAUAAUAAAGGGAAUCUCUGGGAUCAGCGUCAAGGAAUUGAUGCAUUCGGAUCAAGACAACUGGAUCGAAAGCCCAUUGGAGGCUCUGCCUUACACUUUGUCUUUGCAGUACGCUCUCUCUCGAUUAUAUGAGUCGUGGGGCAUUAAACCAGAUUUUGUGUUAGGAUUGAGUUUCGGCGAAUAUGGGGCUGCAAUUAUAAGUGGAAUGAUUUCGCUGGAAGAUGGAAUCAAAAUGAUAAUGAAUAGGGCCAAGCUGGUCAUCGAUAAUAUCGAGGAGGAGGCAUUCGGAGUGGUUGAAAUAAAUGCCAGUAAAUUUGAAACGGCGAUGGAACAACUGAAGAAAGAAGAUGGUAUGGAAGAUGCGUGGCUGGAAAUAGCAGGUUGCAACUCACCACUUCAAACUUGCGUUGUUGGCCAUCGGAAAACUGUUCAUAAAUUUGUGGAAAUUUGCAAAGGGACUGGUGUCAGAUGCAUGCUGAUGGAUCCAUACCAUCCGUACCAUUCUCGAUUAUGUGCCCCUGUCAUUCCACAAUUCGAAAAAAUCACUUCACAAGUCCAGUACAAUAAAGCCACCAAUGGAAAGUUCAUUUCUACCGUGAGAAAUGGCAGAGUGUUGGAAACUUUGGAUAAGGAUUACUACUUGGAACACUUGCAAGGGCCUGCUCUGUUCAUGAAUGCUAUAGCGACUGUGGUUAAAGAUGAGGGAGUUACUCACUUUUUAGAAGUUGGACCGCACCCAAUCAACAUUCAGAUGGUGAAAGACAUUCUGCAGAAUGAAUAUCCGGAGUUGGGCACCAACUUUGAAUUCUAUUCGUCAUUAUUAAGAAAGGGUAGGGAUAGGACAACGUUGUUGAAUACGUUGGGAAGAUUAUAUACGGCCGGAUGUGGUGUAAAUUGGGACAAUAUCAAUAAAUUGAUGGAUUAGUUGUGGGAAAGUAAGGAAACAGUCUCCAUUUGAGCUAGCGAAACGGUUUCAGCCACUACUGUUUAGAUCUGAGAGGCAAUACAGUUUUUUAAUUUUUUAAAAGAUUUAAAGAAUUAUUUUGAUAAUAUCUCAUCACCACUAGUGGUUUUUCAUGUCCUUUUGCAUGUAUAUGUCUAUCGAAUCAUAAGCGAAAUGCCUAACAUUAUUGUAAUUUUUGUAAUUUAUUAUGAAGCAAACAUAGCUAACAAAAAUAUUUUUGGAUAUGUUUCUCAGUUCGCAAUUUAAUGAGCCGGAAGGUUGGAAAACCGUUCAGUAUGCGGAA